AUGACUUCUGCGGACCCUCAAGAAAUACCCCAGGCCAGCGCUCCUCAGACCCAGGUCAGCCUCGGGGGCAAGAUUAUCGCAAUAACCGGCGCCAAUCGUGGAAUUGGCCUCGGUAUCGCAGAAUGUUGUCUCACCAACGGUGCCGCCAAAGUCUACUCGAUCGACAUCGGCGAGACGGGAGAGGACUUCGCCGCCCUGGAAAAGCGCUACCCCGGGCAACUCAGCGCCAUUAACGCAAACGUGACAGAGGAAACCACUAUCACCGCAGCAAUUGACAAGAUUAUCGAAGAGGCCGGUGCGCUGCACGGCAUGGUAGUCAACGCCGGUCGCACUCACCACAAGGCUGCUCUGGAUUUCACCAAAGAGGAGAUCGAGACCCUCUUCAAUGUUAACCUCUUCGGAGCGUUCUAUAGCGCCCGUGCUGCGGCACGUGCUUUUAUCAAGCUCGGAAUUAAGGGGUCAAUUGUUUUUACUGCGUCUAUGGCCUCGUACCGACCGAAUAAGCGCGUCCCAUCCACACCUUAUGGAGCUUCCAAGGCCGGUGUCCGAAACAUGACUCACACAUUGGCCAUGGAAUGGGCUCAGUAUGGCAUCCGCGUGAACAGUGUCUCGCCAGGUUUGGUCAAAACUGCCAUGACAUACUGGGUACCACAGCAGCCCGACUGGGAGCAGCAACUUAAGUAUUACGGAGGAUUUCCGCGACUGGCGGAGGUGCAAGAGCUCGGAGGUGCUUAUGUAUAUCUGCUGAGUGAUGCUGCUAGCUAUACGACAUCUAUUGAUAUCCCGGUGAAUGGGUUUGUUGAAAUGUAA